AGAGCUGUGGAAAGAAGACAAACCCAUAGAGGGGAAUCAAUAGAAGAAUAGGAAACUAUGCAGUUGACAAACUAUAUCUAUUUUAUCUUCCACAAUUUCAAAGGUGGUGGGAAGUAACAACAUGUACCCAAGACCAAUAUUAUGUGUAUUCCUUUUUAUUUACGGUUUCCUCCACUCAACUAUCUCAGGGGGAAAUAUUGUACUUUUUACGACAUGCAUCUGAAAGCUGUAGAUACUGGUUAAAUGGCGGGUUAUAAAUGGACAUACAAAACAUAUGCUCAUUUCUAAAUGUUAUAGCUUCAACCACACAACAUACAUGCAUAACAUGAUAACUGCCAAUUGGGCAAAAGGGUACUUUCACUUUUCAUAUAUCCUAGUGAAGAAAUGUUAUAAACCCUUUGCUCUACAAACAACCCUCUUAAUUGUAAGCUAUUCCACCAUCCAUGAUAUUAUGUUUAAUGUUGUUGCUGUUUUCAUUAUGUGAUGGCAUGUGUGUUACAAAGAAACAGGUGUAAUCCAGCGUUUUAAAACCAUAUGCACAACUAAACAGAAGGCUUUUAAUAUAACUUAAGAGCACCAUAAGGUUCCCUGGACUUGGACUCCAUGUGAAAGUGAGCACAUGGCUGCUUUAUUCUUUUAAUAUGUAGCCUACUUUAACUUGUAUAAUACCUUGUACCUUGAAUUGAUUAAUACUUAUUUUACAACAAGUACAGGUUAUGUAUUCAAAAGAAUACAGAGAGAAUAUAGGCUAAAAGUACAUCUUACCAUAAAAAAUACCAUAAAAUAUCAAAAGUACUUGUCUCUACCAGACAUAUAUAUGAGCCUUCAAGGUCGAAAGUUAAUGUGUCUUCAAUCUUUUGUGCACAGGCGUUAUUAUCUGAUGCAACAAUAUUAAAUAUAAUAACUUUCUUUGGGGAACUUCAGGGGCUUUCCUGUUAGUUUUGUUGUGGGACAAGUAACUACUAAAGGUGACCUUUAGUGUUGCACAACUCCAAACUGAAGCGAUCUAAUCAGCUACACGAGAUGUCACUUGUAGCUAAUCAGUAGUUAAUAUAACUGAUCUAUAAAACAUUAUACAUUAUGUAUUCACUCUUGAUAAAGUCGAGUAAUAACUUUAGCCCUUUAUAAAGGAUCCAAUCUUAAGAUCUGAGAGUAGUAGCCUACUACAUAUUUCGAACAUUUCUUCCACGAGGGAAGUAUAUUGAGACGCACUGUGACCACCGAGAGAAAACACGAGGCAUGCACUAAUGAUUUCACUCCGCUCGUUAUCUUUUGUCCUAUCGGCACUUUGGUGAAGCAAAGCGUAUAAUGACCUCAUUAGUCUCAGUCACGACCUCGACCUCCCGCCUGACAGAGCGGGCCGGGCGGUGUUUAGCUGUCGCUUUAAGACCGGUUUCCCCCCAUUGUCAAAGAGUCGUGAGCAGGAAGAGGGAAACGAAAGCAGGGACCGAGGGGGCACCGCCGUAUUUAAGCACGAUGCUGCCGCCGCACACCAACGGCGACCCGGAGGAGCGCGUCUGCAACCGGCUCAGUUCAAACAACGACCCGCGGGCACGGAGAUCCCCGCAAAGUGUCCCUUUUAAAUCCGCCCGGUGCUGAUUUUCAUUUGUAAACAAACGGACAGUCCGCAAAGUCGCUGCGGGAUGAUACAAUUUGCUUGAGUGUCACCGCGGGUUAUUGCCUCAGGAAACGAUGACAGAGUCCUCCAUCAUCACCGCGUAGCUGCUUGAGAGAGAAACUGUCUUGUCCUGCGGCCAUUUCCACAGGACUCAAUUGACAAUUCAUUUGACACACAACAAGCCCACAGCGGCGCGUCGGAGGCUGUGGAGCAGGUGCAGGUGCAGCGCGUCGUGGAUCCGGUCUGCCCGCAGGCUGCUUCACGGGUAGCCGCCGAUACCUCAUCUGGAUCCGGCUGGACGUCAUAGACAUGACAUCCACUAUAGAGAGGAAGACGCUGGACGCCAAUGAGGAGCCGGUGGACGAGGUCCUCCAGAUGCCACCGUCUCUGCUGACGUGCGGCGGGUGUCAGCAGAGCAUUGGAGACCGAUUCUUCCUGAAGGCCAUCGAGCAGUACUGGCAUGAGGACUGCCUGAGCUGCGACCUGUGUGGCUGUCGACUGGGGGAGGUGGGCCGACGGCUCUACUUCAAGCUGGGAAGAAAACUAUGUCGGAGAGACUACCUCAGGCUUUUCGGUCAGGACGGUCUCUGUGCUUCCUGCGAGAAGAGGAUUCGAGCAUUUGAGAUGACGAUGCGCGUGCGGGACAAGGUUUACCAUCUGGAGUGCUUCAAGUGUGCCGCCUGCCAGAAGCACUUCUGCGUGGGUGACCGCUACCUGCUCAUCAACUCAGACAUUGUGUGCGAGCAGGACAUCUACGAAUGGACCAAACUCAACAAUAACAACAUGGUUUAGCAGAAUGAAGAGUGUCAGCCUGCCUUUUCCUACUGGCUUCAAAGGGAAUGAAUCAUUGAUGAACACAUUAUCAUGCAUCUGACAUUCAUAUGAAAUUAUUUCAACACAGAAAGGAGAGGUGACAUCUCUGCAUUGCUCCCUCCUUGGAGACUAAUGAAGACUGCACCAGCAAUAACAGAAAACUUUUCAUCAUAGGCUUCGUCCUUAAAUGCAAAUAAAAAAAGCCUAAAUAAUGGAAAAACUUGAACAUGCAAUAAUAGUUUGUUUGUUAUACACUGGAAUUUCAGAUCUUUAGCAAUGAACAAAAGUCUUUGUCAGGUUUCUAUUAGUCAAACACUGUUUCAUCACCUCAGACCUAUCUGUUCAAAUGUGUGUUCAAAGUUUUCAAUGAGUCUCAGUAUUUCAGAUUUAUUUCAUGGUUCGUAAUUUCCUGAGAAAUUUCUGGGAAUAACUUUGUGACUUUGUAUUAAUUACAAGGAAAAUAGAAACUUCGUUAAAGGAGUUGCUCCAUUUAAAAUCCAAGUAAAUAUUCAUUAAUUAUUCCUUCAUUAUUGAAAGCUUAAAUUCUUCAUUUAUGUUCAAUUGUAUGUUUGCCUGCGAACAAAUUUCCCAUUUGGAUGUUAAGCUAACCUGCUGACUGUAUCUAAAUAACAGUGUUUUUCUCUCCAAAAUACUUCCCUAGGAAAAACGAACUAUUUAUAAAAGAUAAGAAUUCAUUAGGAAUUUACAAACCUGUAAAAUGUUGUGACAUUUUCAAGUUAUGAAUGCAAUGUCCAUGUUGAAAAGUCCUGAUCAGAAUGAUCGUGCUGUACUGGCAGGUUGAACUGGUGGCGCCCUCUAGUGAUCAAGGGAUCCCAUGCAAUACUCAUUUUACUGACUGGAGCUGUGUGUCUUUUGUAUCUGUGACACCUCUCUGGACUUGCACCCACGACUUUUUGGACAUUUACUAUUAAAUACAUUUUGAUUUAGAGAAACACAUUU